GAUUAAACUGAACGGCCCGGACAAAACUUGCAAGAUGUGUAGGAUUCACACGGUUGUAAUGCUAGCACCUAACGCAUCGGAUAUCCAAUAAGGGUUUGGACUUAUCGUAUGUUAUCUGGUGGUUUCGGUACAUGAUUUGAGUUUUGAUAAUUGAAUAUUUCAAAGAGGUCGGAUAGGUGACAAUUUAAUUCUUCGGCAUGAUUUUUAAAGGUAACUGAAAGGAAAAGAAAAAUCGUUUGCUUGGAAAAGAUGCCCAGCUGCUUUCAGUGAUGUCCAGAUAUUUUUUUAUGUAAUUUUCAGUAACCUGAAUUCACAAGAAAAAAAUUAUUCCUUGGCAGGUGGUCGGACUGGUCCUGUGGUUAGUGAUUCGAGAUGUGAUCGAUUCAGGCCAAUGCGGGAUCACCCCACAAGGAUUUGCCAAACAGGUUGCGAUGUCGACAGGAUUCCUGGAACAUGUGGGUGUUGUGGAUGUCCAUGAAUUGGCAUCGGUCAUCAGAAGCAGAAAUGAAAGUGUUCUAAUCAUAGAUGGUCGGUCUUUCAUUGAACACAAUUCCUGCCACAUAGCCACAGCUGUCAAUGUUUGCUGUUCAAAGAUCGUAAAGAGACGUUUACAACAGGAUAAACUGUCUGUGAAAGAAUUGUUGAUGCACACCUGCCACUGUGAUGUAGACGAAAAGCUCGAUGUUGUAGUUUACGAUCAGUCAUCCCGAGAUGUUAAAAGCUUACCACUGGAAAGCUUCACUAUCGUUCUUCUAAAGAAACUCCAGCUCACUUUCCGUAGUGUCAAUUUAUUAGCAGGUGGAUUUGAUGAUUUCCAUGAGUGUUAUCCAGACUUAUGUGAGGAUAAAACUCGAAAAUGCCCACCCCUUACAUCCCUUUCACAGCCCUGCUUGCCUAUAGCUAAUCAAGGUCCAACACGAAUUUUGCCAUUUCUGUACUUGGGUUCACAGUUCGAUGCGAUGAACAAAGAACUUCUUAAAGAUUACAACAUAACUUAUGAACUAAAUGUCAGUACGUCCUGUCCCCAGCCAGAGUUUGUCCCCGAAGGUCACUUCAUGCGUAUUCCUGUAAAUGACACUUAUAGUGAAAAGCUGCUUCCAUACUUUCCAGAAGCUUUCAACUUCUUAGAUAAAGUUCGUGAAGGGAAUGGGUGUGUUCUAGUCCACUGCUUAGCAGGUAUUUCUCGGUCUGCAACAGUUGCAAUUGCAUAUGUAAUGCGAUAUCUGCGGCUUUCAUCUGAUGAUGGAUAUAGGUAUGUAAAGUCUAAGCGGCCAACAAUUUCGCCCAAUUUCAACUUCUUGGGGCAGCUUUUGGAGUAUGAAAAGCAGCUGAGAAGAGAAAAUAUACUUGAAAUGAAACCAGAAGUAUCAUCCGCCCCUCCAUUAUGCAGUAAAAAACGUGUAUGUAGGACAGAUAUGAGGACUUCAAAGCUGUCAUUAAACAUCAGUCCUCAAAAGGACGAGGCUUCCAAUUUCUUUCUCCAACCAAAAAGUGGUGAUCAGUCUCCUACAACUGCCCUUGCUAAGUUAAGUUUCGAUGUCCAAAAAACUCCUGGAAGUAAUGAAGACAAUCCUCCACCAAUGCCUGAUUUUAGGCAGUUUCGAAGUAAGAGCUGUUAUGGAGAUUGGCUGAGAGACAGGGAUGAAGGCAUUAUUUCUGAGCGCAAGACGAAAGAGUGCAAUAUUUCAACAACAUCCAAAGUCCUGUCACCAGUUAAAGAGAUUAAGUGUGAUGCUCUGAUAUCUGAGAUUUCCACUGGAGGAGCAGACAAAGAUCUUAAAACUGCUACAUCUAUCAGACAGAGAGUUAGAUCAGCUUAUGGUGGUGGCGAUGGAAAACAUGGGGAUCCAUUUGCACAAUUUUCUGUUGAAAAAUAUAGAGCGACCUUUUCCUCUGCGACCGAAGAAAGAUUCUCCCUCCAAACGCUUUCUCAUCAAUCUUAUUCAUCCAGCAGUAAGACUUUAGAGUAUUUUAAGGGAAAAGAGCAGCAAAAAGUCAAAGUAAAGUCCAGUCAGCAACAGUUUGUCGAAGAUAAGUCGUUUCAGGGAAACACAGAUGAGAUAAAAGGUUUCGAAAAUAUUCCGAGUGAGUGUAGCAAAAAAUGCAUUUAUAAUAUUUCUACAAAUAAAGCUAAAGAUCUAGUUUUGAAAAAAGACAAAACAGAGCCAUAUUUUGUGUUUCGUGCAUCUGCAUGUCCGUCUAAGUCAUCAUCUCCUCAUCCUAUUUCAGUAGAUACUGAUUCCUACAAACGUUCAGAUUCCGUUAGUACUUCUGGUUUUGGUAGUGAAAGUUCAGAUUGCACAGACAACACAAGCGAAUUGAGUAAGAAAUCUGAACAAUUCAGAUUAGAUAUCGACCUCGAAGAAUUAGAGGAUGAUGCUAUUCCCAGAAAUCGAGGUCUGACAUCAAAAUUCAAUGCCAAAGAUGGUGCUCCAGAUCGGUCAUUCUUUCCUUUGUCCCUUCCCGAUGUUGCUACAUCUGAGUGGCCUUCAAAUCCGAGAAGCCCAUUAAGUCCAUCUGAAAGUCAUUUAUUGGAGGAUUUAGAGAUGGAAAAAGAAGCCUACAAGACAGAACCCUCUAGUCCAAGCGGCUCAAGUUUUCCAUCUGAGGAUCCAGACAGUUUUCAUGAUUCUGGCGUGCCCAUAUCCCCAGGUUGGGUUUGGCCAAGAAAAAGAGUUGCCAAUUUUGAUGCAAGUGUCAACACUGAAAGCGGAUCCCCAACAAGGGAUAAGCGAAAGUAUGAGCCAUUCACCGAUUCUUUAUGUAAUAAAAUGAAAGUCAGAACGUUAUGGUUUCGAGAAUGCAAUCCAUUGCAAAAAGAUGAUUCUGCCUUAUGCAAGAGUGCAUAUCAGUUUUGUGAUAGUGUUGAUAAAAUAGGAUUAUAUAGAGUUCAAUCAUGUCCUGGAAUCAUUUCUCAUGGCUCAUCAUUUGGUACACUCACAAACCAAUCAAAAAUUUGCUCCACACAGAAAUGGUUUAGCAACAGUUCAUAUUUAUAUUCUAAAGCACAAGAUAUAAUAUCCCACGAAUCAUGCCCUGACGUUUUGCAUUUAAGAGAGAAUCCUUUUGAAAUGCCAUCGCAUCGCCAAAAGGACUUACGUCGAAAUGUGCGCUGCAUUCAAGUUUCAUAAGCAUUUCAUUCCAUUCCACUAACGAAAGACAUAUCAAUUGUACUGUAUGAAUCAUGAAAGAAUUUUCAAAUGAUUUGAACAGGCAAAUUCGAAAAUUAUGUCAAAACUUUCAGUCGUCUUGAUCCAUAUAUUACUAUGAAUUUUGGAGAUGGAACUUCUUUUUGUGUGCUAAAUCCCAGGGAAUAGAAUUUUUAUUUGGAAAAAAAUUAAAAUGUUAGAAAAGAAGCAUUUUAUUUAUGUAUGUACGUUUAUGUUACCAUUUCGUGUCCCUCUAGAGUGUUAUUACAUUACGAUUUGAAUUAAAGUGCUAAUAUAACAAAAUAAUGAAAAUAUUAAUUAUAAUUAUAUGUAUAUGUUUAACUUAUAUAUUAAUAAAAAUAAUUGUGAAACAUGAAAUGUAAAUAUAAAACAAAAACAUUUUUGAGUAAUAAUGAUGUUAAUAAAACUCAUAUUUACUGUACUUCGAUUAAAUUAUCUAUUCUGCUUUUUAUUUGAAAAGUACAAUCAACAAUACAUCUGUGCUUAAUUUAAAGUUUAGAAUCAAGUGAAAUUGCAAUAACUAUAAAAAUUCAUUUAAUUUGCUUAUUUUUCUUAAUUAAAUAAGUUAUUGCAAUAACAAUAACAGAAUAAUAUGUACAUAAUUCUUUCGAAUUGAAAUCGGUAUAUCAUAAAUGCAUUUAAAAACUAUCCCGGUUUUGCACAAAACCUUUAUACGCUAGAUGUACAAUUAACAUUUUAUAACCUAAAAAACUGCGAAAAAAUUUAGUCAACCAUCAUGACCUAUGGAAAUUAACAGCAAUGUCUAUUCGCAAUUUAAUGCACAGUAUAAAAAGUUCUUUGGAAUUCUUCGAGUUGAAUUAUACUUCCUGGACUAAUAGAUCAUGGAAAAGUUAAAAUUAUGGUGCUAUGUUACCUUUACCACUAUUUAAUUGCUUCGAAAGAAAUUUAAGAAUCAAAAUCAAACUUUUCCUGAUGUCAUAUUGGACGGAAUAAAUUGAUUACAAUUAUUUAUUUUCUAGUUAAUUUUCAUUGAUGAUGAUUAUUUCAUCUCAUGAAGAUGUCUAGAUUGUCAUUGCAAUCAUAGAUAGUUCCAAUCAUCUUUAUAUUUGUAGAUUUUUAUAAAUUUUAGUUUAAUUUAUAAAAUUUGUCGUUUUAUGCGAUAUCAAAAUUGUAUCUGCAGUUUACAUUGCAUUCAGAGGAAUUACAAUUAAUCUGAUUCGAAGAACCCUGAUACCGUUAUUUGAUAUUAACUGAUUUUUCAAGAUUGUGAUAUUUUUUAAGUUUUGUUUUGUUGUUGAAAUGUUCAUAGAAAUUUUGUUGAAAAUUUUAAAUUGCAUUAUUUAAUUAUACACUAAUUCUGAAAUAACGCACUAUCCUAUGAUAUGUAUUUGACCUUUUUAUGUGUAAAUAUUCCUCUAUUUAAAUUAGCUUCUUAUAUAUUCAGUCACAGUUUGAAAGAUAAGCCUCUGUUUCAUGCGAAGCUAGUCAUGACAAAUAUUUGUAUAUAUGUAAUAGAAAAAAAUAAAAUCUUAUUCAUCCCAUGUUA